AUGGGCAAAUCUACCUUCACUACCAAUCCGUACCCCAACCUUGCUCUGUCUGAGACGGACCGUGAGAGGCUCCUGCAACUGGCGGAGGACCUGAUCGUCGACGUCUUCCCCAAGUACGAGUCCUUCGUGGUGAACGACAAGCGCGAGGUGAAGAAGGAGCAGUGGAAGGUCAUCGGCACCGACAAGAACAUGCGCGUGUACGUGGAGCGCAAGGGCUGGAACGAAGACACCGACGACGAGAAGGAUCGUUCAACUCCAACCCCAGAGGCCGACCCGAACGACUCCUGGUUGAGCAAGAUGCCGGUUAUCCUCGCCGAGGGCACCUUCGAGGGCCAGCUGAACGACCUCAUGUUCGGCACCGUGAACCCCACGCAGCAGAUCAUGCGCGUCAAGGCCUCGUACGUCAAGGAUUACAGCGACGGUGCGGUGCUGGCCAACAUCAUCGUCCCCACCGCUGAAGAGCCCUUCCGCUCCGUGUCCGUCAAGUGGAACCAGAUCAACCUGCCACUCAACCAGACCGGGUUGAUACAGAACCGCGACUUCGUCUGUCUAGAGGCCACCGGCAUCCUGCACUUCGCUAACGGAGACCGCAUAGGCUACCAACUGCUGCAGUCGAUCGAGUUCCCGGAGACUGUGCCGACACCUGGGACCAUUCGAGCGAAACACCGAGCCAUUGGCUUCUACCGGCAGAUUGGCCCCAACGUCAUCGACACGUUCGUCUUCGACACAGUGCACCCUGGCGGCAAAGUGUUCCGGUCAGUGGCGCUUGAAGCCUCAGCCAAGGCUCUGCUGUCCACCAACAACUACGUCAUCUGCGGACAAACCAAGAAGCUGACCUGGAGACUGCAGCAUCGCCAAGCUGAGACCCGCAUGAACCGCCACCGCAGCAGCACCCGCAAUAUUCUCGCAGGCGACCGCAUGUGCACAGUUUGUUCGCGGAAUCUGGCGCCUGGGAGCUUCGGGUUCCCCACAGUGGGGGCUCUGGGCAAGAGCUCGUGCAAGCUCUGCAUGAACCCCGUGUGCCUCAAGUGCAAGCGCCCCAAGGCCAUCAGCUUCCUUACGCCUGACGGGAAGCUGCUGCGCCACAAGAUCACGUUCUGCGUCAUGUGCAUCAGCGAAGUCACGCAGAUGGACGCGCUGCCAGCGGCCCGCGACCAGGCUGAGGGCUACCAGGCCUACAACGUCAUGGCGUCGCUCUCCGGGUCAGACAUUCUGUCCGAGGACGGCUUCUGUUGA